AUGGGGAAACAGGGUCUUGGCGGGAACGACCUGUUGGCAGAAUACAGACCACUCACAAGCGAAAGAGAAGCACGAGAGAAGCGCGAGAAGCGGGCCGGCCCCGAUGCGUGGCGCACGCAGUGCAGUCAGGCACACAACAAUACAACUGCACAACUGCCUCCCGACAUGGCCAAGAUCUCGUCGACGGCGCCAGAAGGGCCUGCUGCGGCGCCGGCGCAGGCAACUCGUCGAGCGACACGGAGCCAGAGCGCUGAACCACAGCAGCAAGCGCCCGACAAUGGAAUCGCUAGCAACACUGCCGCCGCACCACCUGCUGCAGCUGCGCAGAGGCGUGGAAGAAAGGGUCAAGCCAAGGGCGCAAGUAAGUCAAUUCAUGGUACGGAGUAUGUGUGUCGCCAGACGAAGGGUUACGAACACCAAACGCACCCGCGGCCGACGACCAAUCUGCCUCCUGUUGAUGAGAAUGUCAUCGUGGAUGAUGACACCACCGAAGCGCAGCUCGCCCAGCAGCUCCAUGUCGAGCCAGACACUCAUCGGCCAUCGCCUCGACGCGCAUCUGCUGGCUCAGCCAUCUCUGGCACUACAGCCAAGACCUCGUUCUCGCAAGAGGAGAUCGAGCAGCUAGACCAUGAAGUCAUCGUCGAUGUUUUGCCAGAUCUCGCGUCGGCCUCGGACAGUCUGGCCAAACUGCUGGCGCCCGAAGGACCAGCAACCUCUCCGGCACUGUGGAAGGAGAUCAAACAGACAGGCUCCAAGCACAACAAGCUGUACAAUCGUCGCUUAGCCACCCUCCAACUUCACAAGCCAAGCUUCGGCUCGCAGGAAUACAUUCAGCCUCGAAUCGUCCUUGCAGCACUUCUUGGAGAGCCCGUCCCCUCGCUGCACGCCUUGCCCGCAGCACAAUGGCGACCUGACAACAUCAUAUUCAAGACCAAUCUGGCUCAGAUGCUCAAUAGUGUCCUGGUUGUCUGUGACAUUACCGACUGGACGCCACGUGCCACCGAUGCUCUGGAACGGCUCGACAUGGCAUUCCCCGUCGGCAUAGCGGGCGGCGAAUUCAGCUUCGCUGCUAUCGAACUCUGGCUCAACCUGGCUGCGCAUCUUGCCAUCAGACGUCUAGAUGCGGCCAUUGCUACCGAUCCGAACUUCGCACCUCACGACGAGAUUGGCAACGUCUUCUACGAUAACGAAGGUCAAUUCAAACAUCUCUUGACACUUGGUUUCGCCAAAGCAAGCGAGGCAGACUUCGAGAGAGCUAUCCAGAUGGUCACAGAUCUGGUCAAGGUGCUUCAGAGCACUUUCAAAGACAAGACCGGCAAGAAUGCUACAGCAGCUAAUGGCAAGCUCAAGGCGCAGUUCAAAUGGGAUGACUUCAGGUCACAUGUUCUGAGAUACUACGAGGCACGAGCAACCGAGCUUGACAGGCGGAUCGCUGCUGGUGGUGGUGUCGAACUAAUCGUCAAGAGCUUGGCGCGGGAGGCAGAACGACGAUUCGAUACUCGUCAUGCGGAGCGGAUGAAGCAGAACUUGACCAAGACUGGCUCUACCCCACGACGAAGCUUGGGCGGAAAGAGUGUCAUGGCAGCACUCAAAGCGAAGGAGAGACAGAUUCUGGAGCCACCUGCGACCGCUCCGACCGCUCACAUGAUUGCUCCCACCACCAACCAGCAGGAAGACGUGCUCGCACGAGACUUCGGUGACAACCAAGAGCCAGAAGGGGAUGCGGCUGCCGAACAGUCUGGCAUUCCCGCCUCCACAAUGUCUGCUAUACAAGGAUUUCAAGAUGCACAGAAGAGAAACAAAAGUAAAGGUAAAGGUCGUCUUAUCGACCGACAAGACGGCGCGGUGCUCAUCGAUCCGAAUAUGGACGUCUUUGAUGAAACGCAACCCGACACACGUCCCGCUCCUCCGAGCGCGAGACCCAACAAGCGCAAGCUUACGGAAGCGACUGAAUCUGAUGACCAUGUUCCAAAUCCCACCCAAGACGAAGGCUUUGAAGAGGACACUCGUGACCACGCCAAUGCCGACAAUCUACGAAGAGAGACCUCCUUCGGCCAAGCCCCACGCAACCGCUACCCCAGCGUAGGCGCAGAAAGUGCUGCUGCCGGUCCCUCCAACUACCCACCUUCAUCAGCAGCCACCCAGCUCAGCCCAUCAAAGCGCCAACGCAAGAAUCCAGGAUCCGCAAUCCCUCCUCGGCAACCAGCCCUCGACCCAGAAGACCCAGCCCCACCUCCUUCAACAGCCUACCAACAAUGGAAAGUCGACUCGCGCACCAACCGCACCAUGGCCCCCAAACCCACCCAACAACGCCAACCCUGGGACCCAUACGAAGAAUCCGCUCUCAUGGAACUCAUCGAACAACACUGCGACGACGGAAUCAGUUAUGCCAGUCUCAAAGCCAUCGACAACGAACUGAUCCCUACAGGAGAAGCCCGUUUGACGAAACGUUCGGCCGAGGAUCUCAGGUUCAAGAGCAGGAAUAUGAAAACUACAAUGUUACUUGCGGGCGCGCAACUCCCGAGGAAUUGGGAUAAAGUUGUGCUUGAUAAGAAGGCUGUAGAUCGACUUCAUGCUAGGGGCAUUGAGUAUUCUUCUCAGCCGACGAGAUCGAGGAGGACAAUGGUUAGUGGUGGUGGAGGUGGUGGCACGCCUGCUCCGAGUGCGAGUGCGUUGACGGCUUAUGCGACUCCAUCUUACUAA